UGGAGUGGUGAAAUGCAAGCUUGGUUGAUGACCAAGGGACUGUGGAGGCUCGUCUCUGGCGCUGAAAAGUGUCCUGGGACUGAUGCUGAAGCAAUAGAGAAAUGGGAGUUGAGAGCUGAAAAGGCUGCUGGUGCAUUAUAUCUCAAUGUCACCAAAGAGCAGCGCAUCCAUCUUGAUGGCAUCAUUGAUGAUCCUGUCAAGAUCUGGGAGAAACUGGCAAUUGUGCACGUCUCUAAGAAGCCUGGGACGAGAUUUAAUGCCUAUGACGACUUCUUCUCUAUCAGAAAGAAGGAGGACGAGUCCCUGCAGUCUCUCAUGACCAGAAUUGACGAAGGCAUGCAUCAGAUUCAAAAUCUUUGUCCUACUGGCUUCUCAUUGUCUGAAUUGGACGAUGAAUUGACAUGCAUGGCCAUGAUUAGGGCGCUUCCUGAUCAAUAUGCCCACUUCACUU